GCAACAGAAAUAGGCAGCUGGAAACAGUUUAUAUAAACAAGUAUAAAUUGUUGUGACUCUGACUGGUGACUUGUUUACGAUUUCUAAUAAAAAAUAAUUUAUAAUUUUAUAAUGUGCUACAAGUUACUUUAUUGAAAAAGGAUGAAUGCGGUAAUUGGAAUUUGUAGUUUCUGUGAACUUCACGGCCCUAGUGUUUUGUUCUGUACUCAAGCUUUUCAUGAUACAGAGGAAACUCAAUGGUCAUCAGCUGAGACUUUAAAAUCAGACUCUUCUCGUAAAUCAUGGUAUGGCCCUUCAUUCUUUUCUCAGCGUACUGCUAUUCAGGAACCUGGAUCACCCCCUCCAAAGUCUGAUAAUUGUGAGGGGUGUACAUCAAUGACAAAUAAAAAGAGAGGAUUCAUCAGCAAUGACCAUGAAGCGAGAGUCAGCUUUGUCAGCACACAGUAUCCUUUACAUCCUGAUGUAUUUAGCACAGUUAGACAAGCUUGUGUCCGCAGUCUAAGUUGUGAGGUGUGUCCUGGGAGAGAGGGUCCCAUCUUCUUUGGAGAUGACCACAGAGGUCAUGUACUCAGUCACACGUUUUUUCUUAAAGACAGUCAAGCUAGAGGCUUUCAAAGUUGGUACAGUAUCAUAAUUGUCAUGAGGGACAAGAUCUUCUUGCUUAACUCUUGGCAUUUUCUCGUCCAGAAUCUCCAGAAGAUUAUACAUGAAUUGCAAGAAAAAGCUGAAAAGGUGUAUGGAGCAGAGCAAUCUGAGCAAAAUCUGCGAGCAGUGCGAUUAAACAGUGUGACACGUCUGACCCUUGACACUUUUCGUAGGCGGAGAGGCAACAUUAAGGCAAGAUCUUUAGUUGAUCUGACAAAUGACAAAGAAGUGUUUUCCUUCCUUCACAUGUGGUUCACUUGGAUACUACGAGCAGGAGCUGUACGCAUUACAGAAAGAUUAGUUGAAAGUUUUCCUAAUGAAGACACUUUUAUUGACUUGGAAAGGCAAGAAGAGACAGAUGAAGGUUUUAUAAAAAUACAUUUUUCAAAGUCUGGUCCUGAUAACCCAGCUAAUGCUGAUAGUAUUGGAAAUAACACUGAAGAUGUACCAGUUAUAGGAGAUGAAAGUGCUUCAAAGGAAUCUGUUACAUUUUCCUCUAUAAGGGAGGUCUAUCAGGUGUUAGGUAAAGAAAAAUUUCAUUGCUUGGCCUAUCACACGAUUGUGGGGAAUCAAAUAAUAAUAAAAUCAAAAUAUUUGCAUUUAAUGAAGUCUUUGAUCACUUGCUUGAAGGACCUAUUGCCCAAAGGAUGUGUUCAUCCCAUUUAUUAUUCUGUGACUUACGAAGAUUCUUGGAAAUGCAACUUUUUGGGUAUUUUCCCCGAUGUUAAAAUUCCCGAUCACGUUGACCAAUCUGAGCUUCACAUUCAGAUAGACAUUACAUCUAAGUAUGGUAAUGAUUCUUCUGUCUCCAGUUUGGAAGACUUUCAGAUUGCCUUUCAUACAACUGCAACUUUACCUGAGAAACCACCACAAGUACUCUGUGAAAUGGAAAGAGCUAUAGCCGAUCUUUCAUUUUCCCCUACUGCUCUAGACAGUUUUUUGUACAGCACAAAAGAAAUAUGGAUGAACAAAGUGAAAGUUUUGUUUGCAUUUUCACGGGGUGGGCAACAUGAACCUGAAGAAGCUAAUAAACUAUUAACAGUUCUUGGUGCUCAAGAAUAUGAUAAGCAGGUAUUAAAAUUUUGGAUGACUGGCCUUAGCACUCAAUACAAAACUAGGAUUUUGUCUUCGUCCAUUCAGCAAGGGAUCACAACUGCUGCCAAAAUUCCCUAAAUAGAUUCUAUGUAAAUUUUUGUUGCAUCAUGAAUGAAGGUGAUGGAAUUGUUAUAGCUUUAAAAAUACUUAUUAGCUUUGUAUUAUAAAAUGACAGAUAUUUUAAAUGUCAUUAAUGUAUAUCUCAAAUUUAUUUAAAUGUAAAAUUCCAUUCAUUAUGGAUUUGUAAAUAUCAAAAUGUAAAAAAAUAUUUCUCACACCUUUAUAUGCUAUUUACAAAACAAUAGUUUUAAAUAAAUAUACAAUCUUGAUUGUAAAA